CCUCCAGUAAAAGCUUGGCCCGCGGGCGCUGGGGAGGYGGCGCUGGCAUCCUGCCCGUCCCUAUAAACUCCGGGAUCGGGGCUCCGGCACCGCCCUGCCCGCCGGGAUCCGCUCCCUGCCCUCCCCGUGUCCCCGGGACGCGGAUCCCGCCGCCUUUCCCCGCUCACAUCCGUCCCCCGCCCGUCUGCCUUGGCCAGGGCAGAGUUUUUCGCGCAGAAAAGCUGUGUUUGAACGUUUUCUGCUGUUCUCUCGGUUUCCUGUUGCCUUCCCAAGAACAACAUCCCUGACCUCAUCCUCCCCCCRGUUUGUGCCGGGAUGCUGCCGGUGCCUGAGCCGCCCGUCGGGAAUCCCACCCGGCCUUCCCUGGGUACCAAGACAAACACAGCUGCGGGAAUGACGGAGAAAAGGCUAUUUUGGGCAAAUCCUCUGCUCGUUUUUGUGGAGCUCGUUCCUUAGGCCGGUGUGGAGGGAGCUGCCGUGGUGCCCUGGGACACUGAAUUGUCACCUGUCUCCAAUCGUGACAGAAAGGGGAAAACAAUCAGAAAACAAUCCGUGUGGACCAUGGCGCUGCCCAACCUGUCCGAUUACUCAGACAGCAUCAGUAACUACAGCGACUACCAGGACUACACCUACGAGGACACGGGCAGCGUGUGGGCCGACCCAUCCCACGACCCCAAGGACAUCGCCAGGAUCGUGUCCGUGGUCAUCUACAGCGUGUCCUGCGUGCUGGGCAUCCUGGGCAACGGCCUUGUCAUCGCCAUCAUCACCCUCAAGAUGAAGAAGUCGGUCAACGCCGUGUGGUUCCUCAACCUGGCCGUGGCCGACUUUCUCUUCAACAUUUUCCUGCCCAUCAACAUCGCCUACACGGCCAUGAGCUACCACUGGAUCUUCGGCACCGUCAUGUGCAAGCUCAACUCCUUCCUCCUCAUCCUCAACAUGUACACCAGCGUCCUGCUGCUCACCACCAUCAGCUUCGACCGCUACGUGUCCGUGGUGUUCCCGGUGUGGUCGCAGAACCACCGCUCCACCAACCUGGCCUACGGGGUUUGUCUGGUCAUCUGGACCGUGGGCAUCGUCAUGAGCUGCCCCUCGCUCGUCUUCCGKGACACGGCGCAGACCCGCAGCUCCGUGAUUUGCUUCAGCAACUUCUCCCUGUCCAGGAACAAAUCCUACGAAGGGCUGGCCCUGAUGAGGCACCGCACGGUGAACGUCACCAGGUUCCUGGCCGGCUACGUCAUYCCCAUCACCAUCAUCACCUUCUGCUACGUGGCCAUCGUCCUCAACCUGCGCCGCAACCGCCUGGCCAAGUCCAAGAAGCCCUUCAAGAUCAUCGUCACCAUCAUUGUCACCUUCUUCCUCUGCUGGAGUCCCUACCACCUGGUGAACCUGCUGGAGACGGUGCCCGACACGGUGCCCUGGUCCGUGUUUGAGGUCAGCAUCCCCCUCACCACAGCACUGGCGGCCUCCAACAGCUGCAUGAACCCCGUGCUCUACGUCUUCAUGGGCCAGGACUUCAAGAAGUUCAAGGUGACCCUGCUGUCCAGGCUGGUGAAUGCCCUCAGCGAGGAGACGGGACAUUCCAGCAUCGUGCACAGGAGCUUCUCCAAGAUCUCCUCCAUGACCGAGAAGGAGACAACAGUUGUUUAAAAUCGGCCUGAAGGAGGGAUGGAGGCCUCUGGUAUUGGCCAUGGCCACUGCUGUGACAGUGACCACCGCUGUGGUGGCCAUGGUGUGGGUCAAGCACCAUGCAGCACUGUCCUACAGCCCAAUUUUGACUGGAGGCUGGCAGAGGAUGGGGAUCCCCAAAGGAUGGAGAAGACACAACCACCCUUGAUUUUGUGUGGGAUUGCAAAAAUCCUUACCCCAAACUCGGAAAACACUUUAGGGCGUUCCCAUCCCACUUUGACAUUCCCUUGGGAAGGGCUUUCCUGGUGUUCUCAGAGACCAUGGUGGGGUGGRGGAUGUCUGGAAUGGCAUCCUGGCCAUGUCCAGGCUGGUGACACUCCUCUGUCCCCUUGUGGUAAAUCUUUGAGGUAUUUUGGUACAAGACCAAGACGUUUGUGACUCUUUUGGGGUUGGAAUAUCCCGCCUCRAAGAACUGGGACAUCUCAAAUAUCUCCUAAGUGACCCAGAGCCAGGGCCACCUGCCAGCCUGGGGACUGGGCUCACGCACAGAGUCACCAGCAUGGAAAACUGGGAGAAAAAAAGCAGGAAAAGCCAAUUUGAAAUGCGUUUUUGACUGUGCCUUUGAUGGGCGCAUUCCACACGGUACGUUCUGCAGAGCUGUUGGAUGUCUGGGACCAGGAACAGAUCCACGARCUGGGAAUGAGCUCCUGGGGAGGAUCUGCUGUUCCCUCCUGCAUCCGGAGGGGUGUGGCUCCGUCACCAGCCGGGACCAGUGGGUUCUAUGGGAUGAUUUUCUCUUUCCCAUCUUGGAAAACUCUGGGAAUCUCGUGGGAAAUCCCCCUGCCCCACACCAAUCUCUGCAGCAAAGGAUGGACUGAGCCACCCCCUCCAUCCAAUUUCACACCCUGUUGAUUUGGGAGCUCCUUCUCCAUYAGGGCUCCUUCACCACAACACCGGUGUCACCCUCGUUUAUGUGUCACCCCCAGCCUGUCACUCCCAGGAAAGCGAGAAAUCCCUGGAUUUGGGUUUAGGGCAGUCCCAGUGGCACUGUGGACAUUUCAGGAGGACAUUGUGCAUGGUUUGAAGCGUUGUUCUGCCCCCAGGAGGCCACAAAGGCUGAAAUAUUUAUUUAUAGCUUUCACUGGAAAUUAGAAAAUGGAAAACAAAAAUUAAAAAAAAAAAAAAACAGGAGAGGCAGCUCCCAGGAAAAGACAGGGAGCUCUUUGCAGGCAGCAGAUCGUGCCAGCCGCAGGUACGAGUAAAGCCCCGGUAAUUGAGCCGCAGAAACGUCGCGGAUCAGAGCGGAUGCUGCGGCGGGAGCUGGAUUUUGGGAUUUCAGACGGAUUAUCCGGCGUCCUCUCCGCCCCGGCGCUGCCUGCCCGCCCCGCCUUGAUCCCCUCCUCAGUGUGAGGGGACACUCAGCACCUGGAUUGUCUCGGAAUCUCCUGGGGUUGGGAUCUGCCCACUUCCCUAAGGAGCGCUGACCACCUGAAAUCCCAGGGCAACCCCCAGCCCUGAUCCGCAGAGGAUUUCCCCCAAAAUCCCGUACAGGAUCCGUGCCCGUGGAAGAUGCUGUGCCUGAGGAGGCUGCCGGGCCUCGUUGGUGGUGGGAGGARGCUCCUCUUGCUCAUCUCCCCCAGAAUUUAUUAAUUAAUUCUGCUGGAAGGCUGCCGUGAUCCUAUAAAGAGUGGGAUAGGACAGACGGGGCGGUGACAGGGACACACAGAACCUGCAGAGAAUCCAUUUGGGGAACAGUGGGAGCUGAAUUUACCCGGAGCCAGCAGCCACUGGGGCGUUUUUGGGCUCAGGGUUUGGAGCAGCCUGGGCUCCCCUGCCCCAUCCUUGGAUGUGGGAACAGUGGGAUGAAGCCUCGAGGACAGGAUGCCAUCCCACUGCCGCUCGGGUCCGUGCUGGGGUCGGGAUGCUCCUCACUAAUUCCAGUGGGUGUUUUUUUCUAAGCCCAUCUGUUAUWGCUCCAGCUUUCCCAAAAAAAAAAGCAGUGCCUUGGUACUUACCCUGGGGUUAAAUCCUCGCUKUAAUGGCAGCUUGGGAAUCCCAAGUUUCCCAAAUAUUUGAGUUUGAUUUUGUAGCCGUUUGCUUAUUUAAUAAAAUCUCUGUU